AUGAAGGUGGUUGAACAAAAAAUGAUAGAAGCAUAUGGACCAAUGUUUACAUUAGAGAAAAUUCGAAAGAAGUUGAAAAGAGCAAAACCUGACUUACAACUGAUGAAAGAGAUGCUUACUGCUUCAGGAUUUGGGUGGGACCCAGAUAAAAAAAUGAUACAAGCGGAUGAUAAUGUGUGGAAAGAAUAUACACAAAAGUACCCAAAUAGAAAAAAAUAUAAAUUGUCAGCAACAUGGAAAUAUUAUGAGCAUGCAAUAGAAAUUUGGGGUUCUUCUACUGCAUUGGGUGACAAUAGGAGUGGCGUAGACAGUAGGCCACUAGAUGAUAUACAAAUAAAUGUGGAUGAGCAAGAUGAGAAUGAUUUUCAGUUACCUACUUCACCAAUGGAUAGCAAUACUCAUACUCAGGGAGAAACCUCUAACAGCAUGAGGGGAAACAAAAGAGCGAGAACCUCUACAACCAUGAAUGAUGAUACUUUUGAAACCAUUGGUGAGUACAUACGGCAACUUGUGGAAACCCAACCUGCAGCUAUUUUGCAGAAGAGUGGAGCAAUUUUAAGAGAUAUGCAUGCAAAAGGGGAAAUAGAUAAUCAUUUGUUUUUCAGAUCAGUUGAUUUACUCUCUAAUUUUGAUAAAGCAAAUGUUUUUCUUAUGAUGCCACGUGAGUUGCAGGUUACUUGGUUGCGCAUGCAGAUUGGCUAA